UCUGUGAUACUAAUACUAUGAAAGAUUGACUCCGAAUUAAUCGACUAAAUCACUGUUUGUCAUGAAUUUAGUCGAUUUUUACUUCACUUAGGAAAAUGCAACACUACGCUAAUUCUUUCGGUCUCGUCUGUCAUUUCGACUCGUUGGGAUACGGGUUUUAAAUCCUAGCCAUGGUGCGAAUGAACGUAUUGAGCGACGCGCUCAAAUCAAUUCACAAUGCUGAGAAGCGCGGCAAAAGACAAGUGCUCAUCAGGCCGUGCUCCAAAGUGAUCGUCAAGUUCCUGACAGUAAUGAUGAAACAUGGCUAUAUCGGUGAAUUUGAGAUUGUGGACGACCACAGAGCCGGCAAGAUUGUUGUCAACCUCACAGGCAGACUAAACAAAUGUGGUGUGAUCUCGCCCAGAUUCGAUGUUCCCAUCAAUGACAUUGAACGAUGGACAAACUUGCUACCAUCUCGUCAGUUCGGAUACCUUGUUCUGACUACCAGUGGAGGCAUCAUGGAUCAUGAAGAAGCCAGAAGGAAACAUCUUGGAGGCAAGAUUUUAGGCUUCUUUUUCUAAGUUUAAUCAAUACAAAUGAAAAACUA